AGUCUGUGCAAGUUUAUCCAACUUUUCAUCCACCAAACGAAAGCAAUAAAAGACAAAAUGAUUUCUUUGGUUUUUUAUCCAACUUGCUCAACUCCAAAAUCAAACACUAUCAACAACGUUAAUAAAAUGUUCCAUUGUUUUCACUCUUUUAUUACAUGUACCUAGUCUUUCUUAAUUUCAUCAUACACUAGAAAAGUAGAAAACUCUUUUCUAUAUACUAGAAUCUAUAGGUAGAAAGAAUUGAAAAAUGAACAUGAGUGCAUUUGAUUCUGAAUGUAGUAGUGGAUGUGAGUCAGGUUGGACUCUAUACCUUGAACAUUCUUAUGAAGACACUAGAUUCAUAGGUGGAACUGAAGGGUACUAUGGAAACCAACACAAAGACAAAAGAGUCACAAAUGAGUAUUCUGAAGAAGGGGUGGAAGAUUUGUCUAUGGUUUCUGAUGCUUCUUCUGGUCCUCCACAUCUUCCAUAUGAUGACGAUGUUUACUUCAAUGAGAAAGACAAUGUAGUGAAAAAACACAAGAAAGGUACAAAGAAACAGAAAGUUAGAGAAAAUAAACAACAUGCUAUUGCUGUUGAAGAUCAACAACACCUUCCUUCUUUUCUUCAUGACACUGCUAGCUCUCAUGUCUUUGACUUUUCAACUAACAAUGUUGUUGGGACAAACCAACAAAAUUAUGUAGGAAAUAUGGUAGAUUAUUCACAAGGUUUUUCAGCAACUAAUAAUUAUUUUGAGGGAAAAUCAUCAUACCAAGAAGAAAAAUUCGGUUUUUUACAACCACCUCUCUCAAAAAAUGAUCUUCAAGGCAACAACAGCUGGUAUGGAGGAAAAAAUCAGUUCUAUUAAUGGCUGCCUCUGCUAUUGAAGUUGUUGCAGUGGAUGUUAAUUACUCAAGAUUAAUGAAGGAAUUUAAUUCUUCUUUUCCUUUUUACUUUGUCAAUUCAGUGGAAGUUACUGAAAAGAGCAAGUUAGUCAUUUGUUUCUACUUUAGAAAAUGUAAUUUUGUUGUUUAAUCAAUGGUGAUUACAAGCUAAUUUAGUUAGGAAGUAUGUUUACUUCUUGUUAUUUUGAUGAAUCUACAUAGUUAAUUUUACUUUUUUA